AUGGCGAUCGCUGCCCUUGCUGAUGGUGAUGGAGAAGGAUUAGAUGGAUUAAUAGAUGAAAGAAGGGAGGUGCUCGAGGUCUCAUCCCUCUUGUUCUUCUUCUCGUUCGUUGUUCUUCCACUUCUUUUGAGUCCCGUGAGUACCCAGGUCCGUGCUGAUGAAGAAGGCUUCAUUUCUAUACUCGUGUCCGACAAGGGUCUUGAUUUUGCUAAAGACUUGCUCGUUCACAGAGCGGUCCACUCAAUCAUCCCGCUUCAGCUGCCACAAAUUGAGAGAUAUGUGAAAAUCCCACUUGUGGGCAGGGUUCAUGUCGUUCUUUCAAACAUCAGUAUCGAUGGGGUUGAGAUAGAUUCUUCAUACGUCAAGACUGGUGAAGGGGGUAUUGUGCUAAUAGCUUCCGGCGCUACUGCGAAUUUGAGCAUGAAUUGGCAGUAUUCUUAUAGUACGUGGCUGGUCCCUAUACCGAUAUCUGAUGAAGGUAGUGCUUUUGUGCAGGUUAAAGAUAUGGAAGUGGGGCUUACCUUGGACUUGAAGGAUCUAGGUGGUACUCUAAAGCUAUCUGUCCAAGAAUGUGGAUGCUAUGGUAGUGGGUGCUUUCCAAGGAAAAUAGUGUCAGCAGUUGAGGAAGCCAUUCCCCAGAAGAUUACAGAAGAAAUACUGAAGCUAGAUGCCUUACUGCAAGAUCUUCCAAACAAAAUUCCAGUUGGUGAUGUUGCUUCUCUGAAUGUUACUUUCGUGAGUGAUCCAGUGUUGAGUAGUUCUUCCAUUGACUUCGAGGUCAAUGGGCUAUUCACAGCAGAAGACCAGAUCUUUGCAUCCAAAUAUCCUCACAGACCUCAAACCACUUCAGUUACCUGCAGUGGUGCAAAUGAAAUGAUAAAGAUUUUCUUACAUGAAAAUGUACUUAAUUCAGCAUCGCUUGUUUACUUCAAUGCGGAUUAUAUGCACUGGCUUGUGGACAAGAUACCAGAUCAAGCUCUACUGAACACUGCUGGAUGGAAGUACAUCGUGCCUCAAUUAUACAAGCUGUAUCCAAAUGACGACAUGGACCUUAACAUAUCUGUAACUGCUCCACCUCUCGUAAAAAUUACUAAACAGGGAUUGGUGCUACCAUUUACACAGAUGUUAUCAUUAAUGUUCUGGAUACCGGUGAAGUCAUACCAGUUGCCUGCAUUUCACUGGUAAUUAAUGCUUCGGGUUCGGCACAUAUACUGCGGAAUAAUUUGGCUGGGAGCAUUAGAGUGGAGCACCUCUCUGCCUUUUUGAAGUGGAGCAAUAUUGGCAAUCUCCACAUGCUUCUGGUUCAGACGGUUAUGUCGACAGUCAUCAAAACCGUGGUUGUUCCCUACGUGAACCUACACCUUAUGAGUGGAUUCCCACUGCCACUUCCUCAUGGAUUUGCACUUGGAAAAGCAAGAAUCCGGUACGCUGAUUCGGGCAUCCUGAUCUGCAGCAACGUGAGCUACAAGACGUCUGUUUUGAUUUAGUUGUAGCAGCUAUUUCUUGAAGCGUGCAAAUAUGGCCAUGUACAGUUGGGAAAAUAUAUGUAAAGAUUGGUAUAGCCUUGUAUAGUAGAAAAAGCCCAAAAUUUCCUGUGCAAUAAGUCACUAGGUACUUAUAUUUCCUCAUCUCUUGUCCUUGUAUCAUGAUACAUUUUUCGUCUGGAAUUCCUCAGAUACUGUAUCUUUAAGUUGCUUAUGGCAUGGAAACGAAUCAAAAC